AUGUCCCUGCUGGACUACUGGGACACCCUUCGUCCUUCUGCAAAGCGCAGAAAAACCACCAGGGAAGAGACUGACACCGGCGAUGAGAAAGACACUCCCGACUCGUCUGAUAGUCCGCUGAUAAAGCCCUCUGAAACACCGCUGCCGGUGCGACUAGAUUACAAUCCAACCCCUGCUGAAGCCGGGGGUGAAGGUGCUGGAGAUGACUCUGAAAUCCCUCCAAACAGUCAAACCGAGCUCGAGUCCUCCCUGCCUGCCAUCCAGGCGGACAAUCGCGCAAUCGAGGAGUAUGAAGCUUCGCGCGCAGUCGAUGAGAAUGAACCGGACCUCCAGCAGAGACUGAGGGAUGGUACAUGGCGGAAGGGUCGAAGUUCCAUCUACGUGGAUGCGUUCAAUCUGGCACUGGAAACUGUACUGGAUGAGGAGGCGCAUUUGUUUGAUGAGGCAGAGAUGGAGGUGUUUAGGCAGUGGCGAGAAUUGGACUAUGAGUCUCAGUAUCUGCUAGAUACGUGCGUCUAUUCCUUCGCAAGACCUCUGCCUGGCAUCCGAGUCAACCGGCUAGGCUACUACUCGGAUAUUGCAGACAUGCCCCGUGUGGUAGCUGAACUGCGCCGCGCUCGGAAGCUCCCAUCAUUGGCAUCUGCAGAUGGAAAUUCCGCAGAUGACACCGUCCCCGUCGAUACGGGCUUUGUCUUGGGCCAAGAUGGCGAAUUCAAGUUCGCCGAGGAGAUUGAUCAGAUAACCACCCUGGAAGAAGCGUCCUCGCUCUUACUACUCGAUGAGUUGAAAACGCUCGCGAAAGACGCCAAAGUAACAGGGAAGAGUAAGAAGGAGCUCAUAACUGCCCUGCAUCGGUCAAGUCAGAAACAGACAGGCCUCGACUGGAAUAGUAAAUCCAACGGCAACAACAGAGAGGACCAUUUCAUCCAAAAAAUCCUCGACUACACCGGCGACUGCAUCCGACUAGCAUCCGGCCCUCGUGCCCUAUUCGAACGAGUCCAUCUAGUCUUCUACCGGUCCACCGAAUGGACCGAGAAAUCACUCACCACCAUCAUCCUAGCCAAGAUCUCCCGCAGAAACUUCCCCGAGUACGUAGUCUGUCGAACCAAUUCCAUCUUUCCCUCACGGGAGACCCUCCUAGAAUUCGAAUCCGCCUUGCGCACUCAAUACCUAAUCGACAACCUCCUCGAGUUCAACGGCACUCCCACCGUCGAACUCUUAACACAGGUCAAAGACCUCGCAUACAAAGUCUACCCCCGGUGGAGAGCCCUCCUCCAUAAGGAACAACAGAAAGAAGACACCGUCUACGACUACAACGAAGGCGCCUACCUCCGCCGAUUCUCCCCAGCAUGGGUCUACACGCGCAUUAUCCACAAGGGCCUCCACCCCCUGGGCCGCUUCAAAGAGCACGAAGAAGAGCACCGCCUCCUGUCUGAACUCCUAGCCCAGCGUCUCUUCCACGCUGCCCGUCGCGGCGCAUGGUACCAGCGCAAAGCACUCCUCGAAGAACACUACCUCUGGGCGCUGAAACCCUCCGAAGGGCGCACCGAAGAAGCUCAACGCAAACACUGGCGCCGCAUCGCCCUUCAAACCUGCGAAACGGGUCUCCAGGACCCAGAUUGCCAUCUCAUCUACCACUAUGACCUCCAGAAACGAAUCACCAAGCUCGAAAAAGCCCUCAAGGUCGUCAAGCGCGAACAGCACGACUUCGGGCACGUCCGACUAGCCAAACCCGCGGAGCGCACGAUCGAAGGGAUCCAGAUUGAGCGUGACGAGCCAACCCAACCCUCAACCCCAAACGAUACCACCCCUACCAUCACUACCACUGCCACAUCCAAACGCGGCCGCCCAACCAUCUGGCUCGAUCCCCGCGACGGCGGCGAAUGCCGCGUCGAAAGCAUGUGUCUCAGCUGGUACAGAGACCGUGGCUGGAAAGGCUACCACUCCGAAGGAGGCAUUAUCCGAACACUGUUCACCUACCUCUUCUACGACAUCCUCUACACUUACAUCCCCAACGUAUUCCAAACACCCUUCCAAACCAGCCCGCUAGACCUACAUACCGACGCCUUCUACCCCACCCGUCUCUCACUGAUAAACCAUCGUCUUGUGGAGAUCACCAACGGCGAGUCGGAGCGUCUCAUCCGCGCUGUCCAUGCGGAGCAAUCCCCGCGCCAGACGUGCGCGAUUGGGCUGGAUUGGUCGUUUGAGUUGGAUGAUUUGGUCCAAAUCGUCAGGUGUUUUAGGGGCGAGGCGCUAGCGGCUGUUUGUAGGGUGAUGGCGCAGGAAUAUCAGGCAAGGGGAGGUGGGGUCCCGGAUUUGUUGGUUUGGAGGGUAUAUAAUCAGGAGGAUGGUGGUGGGGAGGGCGUUGACGGAGGGGAGGAGGGUAAGAGUGAUGCUGAUGCCGAGGGGAAAGAAGGGUACGGAGAAGUGAUGUUUGUGGAGGUCAAGUCGGCGAAUGAUCGGUUGAGUGAUUCGCAGAGAUUGUGGAUUCAUGUUCUGGCGUCUGCCGGGGUGAGGGUCGAGCGUUGCGUUUAUACUACAUAUACAAUAUAG